UAUCUGGAUUUCUUAAUUUUAUAUUUUAAAUUUGUUCUGAAUAAUAUAUCAUGUUGCCAGUCCAACAUAUUUCGGAUAAAAAAUUGAUGACGUUGUUGUUGUUUUUAGAUUAGAUAUACCAUUCUGCUUCACGACGAAUAUAUUUUUAAUAAAUAUAAUGGCUGUAUAAUAUAAAUCUAUUUGCUAACUGGUUUAAAUGCUUGCUUUAUUCAAUUGGUUAUGUUUUCGAAAUCCAAAUUUCAUCUUCAAUAAUUUGCUUACAUUCCAAAUCACUGCUUUAUAUAAUGAAACUAGGUCAUUUUAUUUUAUGCUUUAAGAUUACGAAAUAUGAUCAUGAGCUUGUAUUCAUUCUUGAAACAGUUGAUGUAAUGUCUUCCGCAUUGAAGCUGUGGUAAUGAUGCAUGAUAGUUUAGGGUUAAGAUUUUUUAAUGUAACUAGAAUAAUGCAAUGCAUAUAUCUCAUGCAAGGAAACUUAGAAUUCAUAUUUUACAUACCACGAAAAAAUGCAAAAACAUACUCUCUUAAGAUGCAAUUUUGUAAUUAUGAGAAUUAGAAGCAGAAUGAUAAAUGAUAUGAUUAAAUAAAUCUAUAUGAAGAAAUCAACAAGAAAAUUUAACUACCAAUAUCAACAAGCAUUUUGUAUUUUAUUCAUUACAAAUAUAAUAUCAAUUGUAUCAAAUUUGAACAAAGUUAGUAACACUAGGAAGCUUGUAAUAAGAUAUAUGGAGAAAUUAGAUAGAAGAAAAGAUUCAUCGAAUUAAAAAAAAAAUUAGAUCUCACACAUGGAAAAGUAGAUGACUUGCCCUUAUAAUUAGAGUCACACUUUUAUAGUACUCAAAAGCAUUGCUCUUUGAACAUGCACACAUAAUAUGCAAAAUUUAAAGAAAAAAUUAUUUAAGCACAAGAUCAACCCAAUUAUUUUCAGAUAAUCAUCAAAUUCAAACUUUUUUUUUUUUUGAUGUAAAACCUAAAUUUGAUGUAACAAAAUUUCUAAUGCCAUAUAAUACAUAUAGUUCCCAUGAAACAAUUGCCUAAUGCCUUUCUAUAAUCUGUAACAAACAUGCCACAAUAGAUUUUUUUUUUAAAUUUUUUUAUCUAGGUUAGAAGAUACCCACACUGCGUUAAUAUUAUGGUGAUUCCUGGAAGCGAAUUGCAGUAUGGCCUGAAUACAACAAGAAUUUUGCAAAGGCCAUUGCACUGGUGCCCGAAUACAAUGUUAAAUAAGUAAGAGUUCCCACAUUAUGGAUGGAUGUGAGCAAGGAAGCUAUUCCAUUAAACUAGAAUUAGGAUAAAAACUUGGAAUAUUGAUUUUCUUACAAAUAAAUUAAUUAAAUUUAUAUAUAUUAUGAUUUAUAAAAAGAUAAAUAUCCUACACAUUUAAGAAAUUAAAUGGGUUAGAGGAUAGCCAAGCAGAUUGAUAGUUUAGGAUUUAAGCUAUGGUAUUCAUGUAGGAGUUGCACUAGAAAUGGUGUUGUGUGAUUAUAAAUAAGAGUAUUAAGGAUUAUAUUAUAGAAAUUAAUAGAAUUUGAGAUGGAAUUAUAGCUUUAAAUAUUAUUAUUUAUUCUAAAAUUAUUAAUAUGAUAAGUAGUUAUGCUCCUCAAGUGGUUUUGAAUAUGUGUUCAAAAUUAACAUUUUGAAUUGACUUAGAAAUAUUAAUAUAAAAGAUAUUUUAAAGAAAAAGUUUUUAUUGGGGAAGAUUUAGAUGGACAUAUUGGUAGAGUGAUAGAAGAUUUUAAAGUUGACUUUUCCGGUAAUUUGUGGCAAUAGUUCCAUAUUUGAAGGAUUCAUGCAUCCAACUUGCAUACAUCAGAUUUAAAAUUGAAAGUAGAAAUUUAAUUUGGCCAAAGUAAUUCUAUUACAUAUCUCGUCAUCCCUAGGCUAAUAUAUACGGUUGGUACAAGAUACGCCCAAUUCUUUUCCAUAGAAAUAUCAAAUUCAAUCGAUUUUGAAGCAACAUAAAUUCGAAGAGCCACAGAAAUGGUAUACUUCCUGUGAAACAGAAGCCCGAGGCCCUUCUAGAGACCAUGACAGACAUGCCACAACGGAUGAAGUGUAUAGGUAAGCAGUUAGCAAGCUUUGGAUAAAUCCUAAAACCGCAAGCUAACGGGCGUAAGUAGCACCAAAGCAACAGUCGAGCAUCAGGUAAUAAGAGGGUAUGUUCGAUAUCAUUUCCCUUUCUGGUGCACUUAUAUAUGCUAAAGCUGGCGGUACAGUUUCAAGAACUAGUGGACUAGGUAUAUGCCUUUCUGGUGUAGAUGGUCGCAUUGUGGGUGGUGGUGUUGAGGGACCUUUAAUGGCUGCUGGUCCAGUGCAGGUGAUUGCAGGUUCCUUCUUGAUUGAUGUUAAAAGCGAUAUCGGUGCCACUACAAAAACACAGGAUUUCACAAUUGAACUGGCAACAGAAACAGCAGGUUGCACAAGAUUGAUAUCACCCAUCAGCAUGGAAUCAAUCAUAGAGUCUUCUAGGAAGAUAACAUCAUCUAGGGGAAGUGACGAUUAUCAGAACAUGGGUGGAGGUUUUCACCUGUUUCACUCGUGGCCGAUUUUUCCAUCACCUCACUGGGAUGAUUUCAUUGAAGAGAGGGUCUGGAGCAAGAGGUGGAGAUGUAAAGUUGACAGAGAGGAAAAAAUCCUUAUGAGCGUACGGGAAUGUGACAGAAAAUUUCACACGGUUGCUUUGGUCAACGUCAACCUUUUGUCUUCAAUGAGUCAAGGUUUGACUUGAAUAAAACUCUAUGAAGAAGUUAUUGGUGUCAAUGGGCCGCCAACUACACCGUUACAAUGGGGAAGGUGAAAGUAAUUGAGCUAUUAUGCCUCCUUAAGAGGGUGAAAGUGAUUGUGUAAGAGUGUCUCCGCUUAGCUAUGGGGACUAAAGGAGAGUUACUAACUAUUUAGUGUAAUAUUUGGAGAUGACUUCGGGGGUUGGAUGUAAAUCAAGUUGAUCGAACCACUAUAAAAUUCUUGCGUGCUUGUUUU